ACUCUAGAAAGAUAAACUAACCAUGAGUGGUAGAGGAAAGACCGGUGGAAAGGCCAGAGCCAAGGCUAAGACUCGCUCCUCCCGUGCUGGACUCCAGUUCCCCGUGGGUCGUGUCCACAGACUGCUCCGCAAAGGCAAUUACGCCGAGCGCGUCGGAGCCGGAGCCCCCGUCUACCUGGCGGCUGUGCUGGAGUAUCUGACCGCUGAGAUCCUGGAGCUGGCUGGAAACGCUGCCCGCGACAACAAGAAGACCAGGAUCAUCCCCCGUCACCUGCAGCUGGCUGUCCGCAACGACGAGGAGCUCAACAAGCUGCUGGGAGGAGUCACCAUCGCUCAGGGUGGUGUGCUGCCCAACAUCCAGGCUGUUCUGCUGCCCAAGAAGACCGAGAAGGCCGCCAAGAAGUAAAUCUGCCCCUCUCCACAGCAGACCCCCAAACGGCUCUUUUAAGAGCCACCCAACAUCAUCACUGAAGAGCACCUCUGCUAAUACCUGUGUACAAUUGUUGCUAAUGACAUCGUCUGAGUAUUCACUUGAUGUGAAUAAUAAAAUCACAAUAUGGCUUCAAAAA